UCUUUGAUCCUUCCUUCUUUAGAUCCCAGAUUGACUCAGACAUGGAAAUCUUUGCUCCUCUGGAGUUCCCUGAAGGCGUGGAGGACGAUGUGUCUCCCUGUGAGGACUUGGACCCGGAUGAACACGGGACACAGCACAGGAAGAGACUCAGGACAGAGAAAGAGACACCUGUCCGCUCUGCUCGCGCUCAAACGGCCCCGUCGUCUCUGAAGAAAGAGCUCCUGUCAUGCCAAGUCUGCGGAGCUUUAUACCAGUCGAUGAACGCGCUGGUCAAACACUCGGGGGGUCACGUGGACGAUCCAGAUCGGCUCUGCGGGGUCUGUGGAACACGUAUGGAGACCGCGGAGGAGCUGAGGACCCACAUCCCGGGACACCUGGAAAGACACGGCUGCCACCUCUGUGGGAAAUCCUUCGUCUUGAGCAGCGUCCUCCAAGCUCACAUCAAGCGGCACAACGGGGUCAAACCGUACGAGUGCAGCGUCUGCAACAGACUCUUCACCGCGAAGCAGAAGCUGACCCGGCACAUGAAGGCCCACAUGAGGGCCAGACUGUACCCCUGUGACAUCUGCAGACAGGAGUUCCGUCUGAUGAGGAAGCUCAGAGCGCACAUGGCCGUCCACUCCAAGAAGAAUGAAGAUCGGUGCAGCGUGUGCUGUAAGUCCCGCUGCCCCUAUCAGAAGUCCUCCUCUCAUGUCCUGAUGAACCCCGGCCCGCUCAUUCAAGACCCUGGCCGGGUCAUUCAAGACCCCGGCCCGCUCAUUCAAGACCCUGGCCGGGUCAUUCAAGACCCCGGCCGGGUCAUUCAAGACCCUGGCCCGCUCAUUAAAGAAGAGUUCAUGUGUGAAGUCUGCAGGGAGACCUUUCCUACGUACCUGCUGCUGCGGUACCACACCAGGACCCACAGGUUGACCCCCUACGUGUGUCCCUGCUGUGGAUCGAGCUACAUCACAGCAAGACUUUUAACAGAGCACGUGUUGGAGAGACACCCCGAGUCCUCCUCAGACCACUUAACCCUGAGGACCACAUUCAGGUCCAACACGGCAUGAAUCACCUCAGUGAGGUCACCCAUGAUCCGUUAGAGAACCCAGGAUCUACUUGAAGUGAGAGAGGUGGACUCUACUGUUCUUGAUGUUCUUAAAGUGGACCUCUCGGGGGGGGGGGGUCUGAGUCCGCUGCCCCCCCCUCUGACGGCGGUCGUUCACUCUGUUCUUUCCGCUGAGUAAGGAAACGUUCUAAAGAACAGAAGAGACACAGACGGGAUGUUCUCCUGUCCUGAGGUCUCAUCACUCAGAGGGGUUUAUUUUCAAUAAGUGAACAUUUUUCAGUUUAAUAUUUGAUGUUGUUUUUCUUUGUUUUCACUGGAAUGAAGGUAAACUGACUUUAAACUCAAUAAAAUGUUUGUCAAUAUUUUAAA